AUGGGGAAAUUGAUCAGAAUGGGAACACGGAAGAGGCGGUUACUCUGGCCAAAGCGGCUUCUUUGGAGUCGACUCUUCUUCCUGUUGGGAAUGUUGAUCAUCGGUUCUGCCUACCAGCAUCUGAGGAGCCCCCGGGGCCUCCCCUCAUUGUGGGCAGCAGUCUCCUCCCAACACCCUGUAAAACUGGCCAGCCGUGACCUCCCUAACAACGAUAUGAUGAUGGUGAGCAGUGACCCUCCAAGAGCUAGCUCUGAAAUGAUGGGUGACACACGGGUGCCCCAAACUACAGUGGGCAAGGAUGAGGCAACACGUGGCAUAACAAUGGAGAAUACCCCCAAUCCACCCAGAAGGACAGCCAACAUCACUCCAACAAUGCCCAAGAAUAACUACAGCCUAACAGCUGCAGACACAGAAAGAACGAAGGAAGACACCACAAUCACACCCAGUAGAGUACUGAAUCACUACACCCCAACUUCAAAAAGGCCAACAGUAAAGAAUCAUACCCCAACAACAUCACCCAGGGUAGAAAUGCAGAGCUAUCACCCAACUCAGGCUGGGAGAAAGGUGAUGAAAUAUACCCCAUCUCCACUUGGUAGACUAGUAAGCACUUAUGCCCCAUCCACACUCAUGACAAUGACAGAGAGCCAUGGGAUCACCCCCAGAACAACAGUGAAAGACAGUGAAACUAUGACAACCACCAAAAUAUUGGAGACCAACCCCUCUAAGAGAAUAGUAGAGGAAACCACCCCAACUACUCUCAAGGGAAUAAUUAAUAAAACGCCAACUUCCCUGAUAAAUGACAUGGAAACAAACAUCUUGACUUCUCCAAGGAGUAUGACGGAAGAGAACACCCUGACUACCCCCAGAAGAGUGAAUAAUAACAGAUCGACCAAGCCCCGGGGGUUAGUGGGAAAGAACAAGCUGACGGCGCCCCUGGGAAUGGGCCUGGAGCACACCACAGCCAUCUCGGAGGGGCGAGUGACAAUACGCACCACCCCAACAGGCAGUGGCCCAACAGAAACCAAAGCCUCUACCGCUACCUGGAGUAUUAGUAAUCCCUUAUCUGGAACCAGCGUGUCGACCAGUGGAAUAUCCUCCGCCACCUUCCGGGGGCUGGCAAAGAAAUCUUCCAUGGCACCCAGGCCCUCAUCACCCUCCAAGGUCAGGGCAAAUCCAACCAUCCAGGUCCGUCACUGUGUGGUUGUGGAGCCAGCCCCAGCGGUGCCCCCUGCUCCCUCCCCCAGCCUGACAACAGCUAUGAUCCCAGAGGCACCCAGUUCCAAUCCCUCAGCGCUGCCUCCUGGGUGGCCAGACCUUCACUCCAAGGCAGAGUACCCCCCAGACUUGUUCAGCAUAGAGGAGCGGCGACAGGGCUGGGUGGUCCUGCACAUCUUUGGCAUGAUGUACGUGUUUGUGGCCUUGGCCAUCGUGUGUGACGAGUACUUUGUCCCAGCCCUGGGUGUCAUCACAGAUAAACUGCAGAUCUCAGAUGAUGUGGCAGGUGCCACCUUCAUGGCUGCUGGAGGCUCUGCCCCUGAGCUCUUCACCUCCCUCAUUGGUGUCUUCAUCUCUCACAGCAACGUGGGCAUUGGUACCAUCGUGGGCUCUGCUGUGUUCAACAUCCUCUUUGUCAUCGGCACCUGUGCCCUCUUCUCCCGGGAGAUCCUCAAUCUCACAUGGUGGCCCUUAUUCCGUGAUGUCUCUUUCUACAUCCUUGACCUGAUAAUGCUCAUUCUCUUCUUCCUGGACAGCCUCAUUACCUGGUGGGAAAGCCUGCUGUUACUGCUGGCCUAUGCUUUAUAUGUGUUCACCAUGAAGUGGAAUAAGCAGCUCGAGGUCUGGGUGAAGGAGCAGCUCAGCAGGAGGCCAGUGGCCAAGGUCAUGGCCCUAGGGGACCUCAGCAAGCCAGGCAAUGGGGCAGCUGCGGUGGAUGAGCUACAGGAAAACACGAAGCUAAAGGUGGUGCUCCCCGCGGUGCUGACCCGAGGGAGCAGCUCGGCCUCUCUGCACAACAGCACCAUUCGCAGCACCAUCUACCAGCUCAUGCUCCACAGCCUGGACCCUCUGGGAGAAGCCCGCCCCUCCAAAGACAAGGAGAGCUUGAGUCAGGAGGCCAAAGCCAAGCUUCACGCUAACGCAGAGAACAAACCAGAAGAGGAGGAGCCAGCCCAGCUUCCUGCGGUCACAGUCACGCCAGCCCCCGAUCCAGAUGUCAAGGGAGAUCAGGAGGAGGAGGAUCCCGGCGGUCAGGAAGGAGAUGUGCCUGGAGCUGAGAGCACAGGUGACGUGAUAGGUGAAGAGGCUGAAACUCCUGAUAGAGGUGAAAAUGGACAACAAGGUGGAGGUGAAACUCAACUGGAAGGUGAAGGUGAAAUUGAAGCAGAAGGAGAAGGAGGUGAAGAUGAAGGUGAAAUCAAAGCAGAAGGAGGAGAAGGUGAACAUGAAGGUGAAGAUGAAGGUGAACUCCAAGCAGAAGAUGGUGAAAUGAAAGCUGAUGAGGGUGAAAAUGAAGAGCAGGAACUCAAUGCUGAAAGUCAAGGUGAAGCCAAAAGUGAUGAGAAAGGUAGAGAUGGUGAAGGGGGAGGUGAAGGAGGUGGAAGUGAAGAUGAAGAGGAGGAAGAAGAGGAGGAAGAAGAGGAGGAAGAAGAGGAGGAAGAAGAGGAGGAAGAUGAGGCAGAGGAUGAGGAGGAGGAAGAAGAGGAGGCAAGUGAGGAGCCUUUGUCCCUGGAGUGGCCCGAGACCAGGCAGAAGCAGGCCAUUUACCUGUUCCUCCUGCCCAUUGUGUUCCCACUGUGGCUGACCGUGCCCGACGUCCGGAGGCUGGAGUCUAAGAAGUUUUUUGUUCUCACCUUCCUGGGAUCCAUCAUGUGGAUAGCCAUGUUCUCAUACCUCAUGGUAUGGUGGGCUCACCAGGUUGGUGAAACAGUAGGGAUUUCUGAAGAGAUAAUGGGUUUGACGAUCCUAGCGGCAGGCACGUCCAUUCCUGACCUCAUCACCAGUGUGAUUGUUGCUCGGAAAGGCCUGGGAGACAUGGCUGUGUCAAGCUCUGUGGGCAGUAAUAUAUUUGAUAUCACCAUGGGCCUGCCUGUCCCUUGGUUGCUCUUCUCUUUCAUCAAUGGAUUACAGCCUGUUCCAGUCAGCAGCAAUGGCUUGUUUUGUGCAAUUGUUUUGCUUUUUCUCAUGCUCUUGUUUGUGAUCUCUUCAAUUGCAUCGUGCAAAUGGAGAAUGAACAAGAUCCUGGGCUUCACAAUGUUCCUCCUUUACUUUGUAUUCCUGAUAAUCAGCGUGAUGUUAGAAGAUCGAAUCAUUUCCUGUCCUGUAUCUGUCUGAGUCAGAGUCACUGUUGCUCACAAUGGACAUGGAUCAGAAAACCAUGCCAGAAGCUACUGCACUUGUUGUUACAUUAAUGAAAGAAUGAACAUGGUCCAGGAGAGUGAGUGGCCAACAACCUCUAACGGGAAUGUCAUCUGGGACUGAACAUUAUCUUUGGAAACACCAGCAGCUCGUUGUGGAUUAAGAAUCUCACCUCUGGAGGGAUAGAGUUCCUACCCCUGACUGAUGUUGGCAGCUAUCAUGUGGAGGCCAGUAGAAGGACCUCUGGAGCCAGAGGGUUUUCUGAGAGAUAACUUGGGGGUGAGGGCAGGUGCAGUCACCCAUGCUCACAGUCCCUGAUCAUUCCUGAAGGGCUGCUGAUCCAAAGAUGCAGAUGUGGUCUGCACGGCACCCCUGGCCCCUGGCCCAGGCAUACGCUGCAAUUUGCUGUCCCCUCUUUUUCUGUUUAAAACAUGAGGUUUUUUUUGUUUGUUUGUUUGUUUUGUUUUAUCAGGUUUGUAAACAUUACAGGUCCAGUUAUUGGUGGGUUUACGGAACUAAGACUAUAGGAAAAAAAAAAGUAUAACAGGAAUCAAUUAUCAUUACACAUCAUAGUCCAGUAAAAUGUGUACCAGUAUUUUAUAGCUUAAAAGGACUACCUUAGCUCUUAUAGCUGCAUUUCUGAAAACUGAAAUUAAAAUAAGUAGCCCAAGAAAUUAAAAUUUAUACAUCGCCCUUGAAUUGGAAGUAGGGGAGAUAUUAGGGAAGGAAAACUACUCUAAGGGCUAUUUAAACAUAUGUACUUACUAGAAAAUCCAAGUUAGUAUUGUCUCUGCCAAGUGGUCACCUUGAGGGAUUAGACACUCAUACAAAGCUCUCCUGUCUUUGCUCUUCCAGCAUAUUCUCGCCUAACAGUGACAGCCGCUACUAGUGAGUAAGAAAAGGAGUAAUUUUAAAAAGAGUCCAAAAUCAGCAGAGCCAAGUCUGGUUUAUAAAGUAAGAGAUCCAGUGGGGUAAUAUUAUUUUUGUGUGUCAAUCUAGAGAUAGGAUUAUAAAGCAAGACGACUGAUUUCCUGUGCGGUUUACAAGUGGAUCUCCAGGCAGUUACAGCGGAGAAAUUCCAAAAAUGCUUAACACGAUGACAACAUGGUGAGAUAGAGAAUAUUACUGCUUUCAAUAGUUAGUGUAAAGGACUUUUGUGUUUUUAAAAAUUGUGUGGCUAUUUAAACAUCACAUGUGGAAUCUGAAGUGCUUGUAUAUUAAACACCACUGCUUGCUGCUUUUACUAGCAUUGAGUUAAGGGACACAUUCGAAAUGAAACAGUGCUAUGUCCCUGGUUUCAGAGCAGAAGGAGCUCAGGUGAUUAGAUAAUGAUGGUAAAUACAGCUUUAAUUAUGAGAGGAUUCACUGAAGACUAGAAGAUAGCAGGACAGAUGCGAUGUAAAAAAAAAUU